CUUUAAGGCAUGCAGGCUCUGUGAUCUGAAAUGAGUAUACCAUCUUUAUGAGCUGGAGAAACUUUUAAUUUAAUUCUGACUUUUUUUAAUUUAACAGUUUUAAAAAUGAUGGAUAAAAAAUCAACAGCCUGCUUUUAUACAUUGUGCUUUGCUCUAACGUUAAUCUCUAAUAACGUUCUUGCUUUGGGUGAUUCUUGGCAAAACACAGGAACUGAAUUCCUAACUGCAUUUGUUCAGAACUUUGAAGACUGGUUAGAAGGUGAAGAAUUUCAGUUGAUAAUCACUGCUCUUUGUCCAACAUUUGUUCAUGUCUACAUACACAAUAAAGAAUUUAGCACUGAUGUAACAAUAGAAGAAGGUCAGACAAUGACAGUCAACAUUCCAGCUUCAGUAGAACUCUUGGGAACCACAAACUCUUCCACCAGCACUGUUAUAAUUAGUUCCAAUAAUCCAAUCACUGUACUUUCCAUCAACUACAAACCUGAAACUGCAGCCUCUGCAGUUAUUUUCCCAGUAGAGGCUCUGGGCACAGAAUAUUAUGUGAUUUCCCCUAGAGGGAGUUAUGGCACUCCAGAGUUUGCUGUUAUCAACUAUAAUCAGACAAAUGAUGUUUCUAUUAACAUUACUGGUCCGGUUACUUAUAAUCAAAUACAUUAUAAAUCUGGGGAAAUUGUCCACUUAACACUGUCCCCAUUUGAAGUGGUUCAGUUCCAAAGUAAUGACAUUUUAACUGGUACAAGUAUUCAUUCUAAGUACCCUGUUGCUGUCCUGUCUGGAAAUAGCUGUGACAGGUAUAAUGCUGCUUGUGAUCUUUUGUAUGAACAGUUAAUUCCUGUAACUGGAUGGGGUAAAAACUUCAUCAUACCUUCUAUAACAAACCGUAGUGACUCAGACCUUGUCACUAUAAUCACCUCUGAAAGAACUGAAAUAACAUUUAAUAACGGUUCAGGGAUUGACACAUUAGUCCUAUUGAAAGGAGAAAGUUCAGUGAUCCUGCUAGCUCCAGAUUCAUACUUAGAUAUUAAAGCAACACGUGGCAUCAUGGUAAUGCUUAUAUUCACUGGAGGUGUCUAUGGGAGCACUAUAUUGGAUCCAUUUAUGAUGAAUAUAAUUCCAGUUGAAUACUUCUCCAGUUCCUACAUUAUUAACUCACAAAGCACAUAUGACAACUACAUUCUCUUAAUAGCUGAUGAGUCACAGAUAUCAAAAAUCCUGAUAGAUGAUCAGAUCUUGUCAGAUUACCUAAUAUGGACUAAUAUGAAUAUGACAAAAUAUAUAUGGACAACUCUCAUGGUGGAUGUGAAGAACGAGUCUUACAUUAUAAAGAACUGCUCAUCAUGUGGAGUUUACCAGUAUGGCCUUACAUCUUAUUUAAGCAUUGGAACAACUGGAUCAGCAGCAAACUUGUUGGCAUCCAUAAGCUGCCCAGUUAUGACCACAGCAGCUAUACCAGCACCAACGAGCAUAAGUCAGAUGGUUACAGAAAAAACAGCAGAAUCAACAGCACCAGCAAGUACAAGCCAGGUGGCCACAACAGAAUUUAUCACAACAAGAAAACCACCAGGUAUGAUUGAAAAUCUCACUGUAUCUAAUGUGAACGAUACUUCCUUCGAACUGAGCUGGCAUUAUCCUGAUGGUGACACACAUUUAUAUGAAAUACAGAUUGAUGGACCACAACAGAAAGCUCAGGUGUCUACUACAGAGUCAGCAGAAAUACAAGACCUUACUCCAGGAACAAAUUACACAGUUAGAGUAGCAGCCAUAGCAUUUAAUGGCAGAAAAGGACCAUUUGCUGAAGUUUCCCAUUUCACCAAUCCUGGCCGUGUUGAAAACAUUUCUGUGAGUAAUGUGACAACAAAAUCAAUAGAGUUGAACUGGGUACAUCCAGAGGGAAACCUAAGCUCAUAUGAGAUCCAGAUAGAAGGACCGCAGCCUAAAGUUCUGAUGGCUGAUACAGAGUCAGCCAUAUUAACAGACCUUACAUCUGCAACAAGAUACACAUUUAAUAUAGCAGCAGUAGGGGGUGAUGGCACAAAAGGAGAUGUUAUUGAAAUUUCCACAUUCACCAAACCUGACAAGAUACAAAGCAUUUCUGUGAAUAAUGUGACAACAACAUCUGCAAUGCUGACGUGGGAACGUCCAUAUGGUGACGUAAAGUCGUAUGAGAUAGCGAUACAGGGACCAGAAUCAAAAGUUAUCACUGUAACUACAAAGUUUGCUAAUAUAACAGGCCUUACACCAGGAACAAAUUACACAUAUAAGGUGUCACCAGUAACAGAAGAUGGCACAAAAGGAGAAUUUACUGCAGUUAAUAAAUUCACAGUUCCUGGUACAAUAGGGAGCAUCACUGCGAGUAAUGUGACAAUGACAUCACUUGUGCUGAGCUGGAAACAUCCUUCGGGCAACCUGAAAGCAUAUGAAGUACAGAUUGUGGAAAUCCAAGCAGACAUCCAAACUACUUCUGAGACUGUAACAAUAACAAAACUGGAUCCAGGAACAACUUACACAGUCAAGGUUGCAGCAGUAGCAGAUGAUGAUACCAAAGGAGCAUAUACUAUAACUUUUCAACCUACCAAAAAAGCACCUCCAAACUGGUGCUGGUCUCGGAGGAAGCCCUUCUGUUGUCUACAGCCUAAUGUAAAAUGCAGGUCAGAAGAUAACUCAUGCUUUUGUGAUAGCGUUUGUCCAAAAUACAGCAACUGUUGUACGGACUAUAAGCAGCACUGCCUGGAUAAACAAUAUUAAGAGUGUUACUAAGAUGAAGACAAGAUAACCAAAUUUACUGAAUAAAAGCAGCAUGAAUGUCAGCAGACAAGAAGGAAGGUCUACAAUGUGUCAACAAUGGCCAUUCAUGUCUUAAGGGAUGGCCUUUUGGUUGCAUUUUUGUUACAUUGUCAAAAUAUUGCUUAUAUAAUAUCCUCUUUACAUAACAUUUUAUUAUCUUACAUAGUGUAUUAUUUGUAACAAAUGUACUUUUUAACUGUGGUGUUACCUGAAAAGUUGCCAUAAACCAAAUUACUCUAUUAUAAGGUGACAUGAAUCAGGAAGUUUACAGUUCACUGGCUGUAUAAAGUAACAUUUUUGAAUCAUUAUAUAUCUGAUCUGUGAAAAAAGUGUGAUUUGGUGUAAAGUGACUGUGUAACAUAUGGAUUAAAGUAAUAUUAUGGUGGUAUGUACUGCA